ACUUCGAGCAGUGCGGCAGGCGAAAACUCCGGCUGCAGUUGCAGAUACAGAUACAGAUACAAAUAUAAAGAUAGAUACAGAAGCGAAUCGGGACUAGAGGUACAGGCCAUUGCCACAGAGAUCCAGUUGCAGACUUCACCAGUGAAAAUGCCGUUCCCGAUCCAUCCGCCCAAGCAGAUGCCCUGCCCCCACUGGCAGCACUUCCCCAUCAGUCCCGUGGACAGCAAGCCCAAUCCCUUCGAUUCGGUGGGCGGAGCGGCGGCAGCGGCCACCCAGGUCAACAUAGGGGUUAACAAGCCACCGGAGCCGGUAUCCUACCGCUAUUGCUUACAGUGUAAGGCCUCCGGUAGGGAGACAUCGAACGGCGUCGACAGGGAGUAACUCCCGAAACUUUGGAGGUGACCCAUCCAGCAAUCAGUCAUCACCUGUAAUCAGCCACUUCACUGGAGGACACACUUGGAAAGCCAAUUAAAAGGAAAACAAUCAUAAGAACCACAGAACAAAGUUUUGAUUUUAAGAUAACAACUUAAACUUUCAUUUCGAAAUCGAAGAGAUAUGGUAUCUAAACAAACCAUCCUAUUUUCCAAAAUAGAUCUGAUCUUUAAAAUAAUAUUUUAAAUAUCAAAUUUUUUUUAUUUAAUCCUGUGAACCAAAAAAUCAUACAAAUGUGAUUAUCCGGUCAAACACUCAUUCACUUUUUUCUGUGCUUUUGUUAUUUCAUUUUAAAAUAGUUUUGAUAUUAUAAAAUUAUCAAAAUAAUGUAAAACCAAUUGGUCUACUAAAAGCAGGUCCAGAGUUAACUAAUAUUUUUUUUCGUAAAAGGAACUGAUAUUAAAAAUCAUCAAAAUAGUGAGCGAUCAUUUAAUAUCACGUCCAAACGCAGCUUAAUUUUUUUCUGUGUUGUUAUUCAUUAACCUAACCUAAGCACAUGUUCCAUUUAUUUUGUUUUAAUGUUUUCAUUUGGGCAAAGUGUUUUUUUUUUUCGCUAUAACUAAGUUAAGCAUUUUAUACGUAUUUAAUUUGUAUUUAGAGCUAAAGACUACAGUUUAUACAGUUUAUGAAUUUAUGAAUUUUUGAUAUAUAUUUGUAUAAGAAGAGCUAAUAAACGCACGACGCAUUUAAAAAAA